AUGUCUGCUGUCUCCAAAUCCUUAUCUCUCUCUGACCAUAGUUCAGAAAACAAGUACUACAUCAGAAGAAAAAGAUCUUUCGAUGAUUUGCUCUUGCCUUCAUUGACACACACUGCACACACACCAAGAGCUGUUGAAGAAUCACCAUACUUUUUUGAUGCAAGAAAAAAAUCCAAAACCGCCCCUGCAUCACCUUCAGGACUAGUGCAAAUCACACCAACAACUUCUCCGGUCUGUUCUUCGAGCAAUUCUCUAGCUUGGAAACAAACAACACUCGGAGAAAAUGGUACAAGCGCUCAACUAUCGUUCUCUCCAUACAACGCUAAUGUUAAACAAGCAAUGACACAAUCCAAUACCCCCUUACCUCAAUUGAAACACUUGAAACUCCUACCUAAUCCAAAGGUCCAGGAAUAUUCAUACAGAUACCCAGACACUUGCAGUUACACUCCUUUAUGGAAACAGAAUCUAACGGAGUGGUGUAAGGAAACAAACUACAGUCAAUAUCAGAGCAUUAUAGAGCAAGUGUCCCAAGUUAAUCCAAGAUCUGGAAAUCUUACACAUGGAUUAAACCUGCUAGCUGAUGCUGCAAGGAUUUCUUCCAUCAUAUCAUCUCCAGAUGAAUUUUAUGAAUUAUCCAAUACUUCGAACAAAAGCAAGGUAUUAGUCACACCACCAAGCAGCCCAUCCGCUCAAUUCACAUCAAUGAUCAGUGGUUCCUUGGUUAAAGCUGUAAAGAAGAAUCGUACUCGUAUGCAUAAGAAAACUAACAGUUUCAAGGCAAGAAAACUAAAGAAAUUACUGGACGAACGCAUGAACCUCGACCAUAACGAUAAAUUCGAAUCCCAAAAGACAGUAUUUAGAGCUGCUCCGGCUAUGCCAACAACUCCACCACAUAAAAAGAUUACUUUGUCCUCAACUCCAAAAUCUCUGCAAUCGCCUCAACAAAAAUACCACCCAAUCAUUUUAAACAGUCCUGAAAAGUUCACGACGAACAAGCCUAUCUCUAACUCAAACUCAGAGGAUGAAACUGACCAAGACAUCAUGCAGGCCUCUCCAAAAUCCUCUCCAUCGCAAAGACGUAAUUCUAACAGAUUCUGCGUUUCUUGUCAUUGUACCGACUCUCCAUGCUGGAGGCCAUCUUGGUCGAAGAGCAAGCAAGACCAACUCUGUAACUCUUGCGGUCUGCGUUAUAAAAAGACCCACACCAGAUGCACCAACCAAAAUUGUCGCAAGAUUCCUUCUAAAGGUGAACUAACCCUCAUGAAAUCCAACAAACCUAUUACUUUCACCAAGCCUGAUGGAACACACACAUACGGUAUGGCUUGUUUAUUCUGCGGACACACGGUAGCAACAGACGAAUAG